CAAUUAUUUUUGGUUAUGUUUAUAUUAUCUGGGAAUAAGUGAGAUGGCUGAAGAUUCAAAAACCGUCCAAGGAGAAAGCUGCAAUUUCAUUUUUAAAAAACGCUUGAUUAAAGGCAGGGGCUCCAGAAGAAGACAGUCUAGUUCUGAAGAUGAUAAUGACAAAAACCAGAAUGAAAGUGCAGAGCAAUCUGUAGUGGUGAAACCAAGGAAAAGAAAAAUUAAAGAAAAUCCAAAUAAGCUAAGCACUAGCAAGUUACAAAAAAAACAAUCUGAAGAUAAUGAAGACAGUUCAUCAGAGGAUGAUGUACUAGUUAGCUACAAAUCAACACGGUCAGCCGUUCCAGAAGGUCCUCAGGAUCAAGGAGCUACAGCUAUUUUGGAAAUUGAAACUCAAAAGGAUAGAGAUGCCCAAGCAAUUUUCGAAAAACGACUUCAAGUUAAUAAAGAUUUGGAAGGAAAACAGGAUGACAAAAUUUACAGAGGAAUUAAUAAUUACAUGCAGUAUUACAAACCGAAAGAUACUGCUGCUGGAAAUGCUAGUUCUGGUCUUGUAAGAAAAGGUCCAAUAAGAGCACCAGAAAAUCUUCGUGCUACGGUGAGAUGGGAUUAUCAACCUGAUAUAUGUAAAGACUACAAGGAAACUGGCUUUUGUGGUUUUGGAGAUAGCUGUAAAUUUCUUCACGACCGAAGUGAUUACAAGCAUGGUUGGCAAUUAGAAAGAGAAUGGCAGGAAGGAAGAUAUGGAGAGGACAGUGACGAUGACAAAAAAUAUGAAAUUUCUUCCACUGAUGAAGAAUUACCUACAGAAUGUCCUAUUUGUAAAGGAGAAUUUGUUGACCCAGUUGUUUCCAAGUGCAACCACUACUUUUGCGAGAAAUGUGCAUUAGAAAGAUAUAAGAAAACUAUCAAAUGUUUUGUCUGCAAUGCGCAGAUUACCACUUUUAAUCCCGGAAGAAAACUGUCUGCAAAGCUGAACAAAGUAGAUGGCAUCAAAAAGGAGAGCAGUAGUGAAAGUGAAUAAUGAUAGUAAAUGUACUUACAAUUUGAUAAAAUCCUCAAAUGUAUUUCUUCAAGAAACAGGUAAUUUUAUCAGUAUGUAUCAUUUAUCUGUGUAAAAUACAGUAAAACAGGGAAAUAAAUGUUUAGCUGUUUUGGCCUUCAA